AUGAUUGUUUAUACUAAUAAAAUUAAAAAUAGAAAUAAUUUGCUUUAUUUCUUUGGUAUUUUAUAUAUAGUAUGUUUAUGGGCAAUUGUUAGUGCUUCACCAGUUGAUGUUGUUACUGGUAGAACUAGCAGUGAAAGUUGUCCAUAUCAAGCAUUACCAACAACACUCGACGAUUUGAAUUUCCUUGGUUUCAAUGGUGAUUUUCAUAUCCACGAGACAUACUAUUACGAUUUUAGCUCUUUUCAAAAGUCUAUUAGCUUUACCUUAAAAGAGGAAAGUGCUUUUCGUGUUUAUGUUGCACCACAUAUUGUUGAUAUAGAUUUAUGGUUAUACCAAGGUUCAGGCACUUCAAUUAACCAUACAUCCGAUGCAACACAAGGUUCCGAUGAAAGUUUAUAUGCUAAAUUAGGACCAGGUUCAUAUACUCUUAAAUUUUUAUUUUUUGGACAAAAUAAAGGUAAAAAAUUAGAUUGUCCAACUAUUGAGUUGGAAAUUGCAAUCUCACCAAUUUCAGUUAUUGAAAGUAGAUUGGAUCAAUAUAAAAAUGUUUGUCCACCUCAACAAAUUUUACCAAACCUCCCAAAUAACUUAGAAAUAACUAAAGUCCCAUUUGUUUUUGAUUCAGAUAUUGACCAAACACAAAUUAUCAAUUUAAGGGAUGUAGAAAAAGAUACUCUUACAAUUGUCACUCAAUAUAAUAUUAUUUUACCAUCAACCCAAGAUAAAUAUAGUAUUGAUGUUACAUUAGGUUUCGACUUUUUAACUGGUGGUUCGAUCAAUGUUUUACUUCAAGAACAAUCUGUUUCACAACCAGAUAAAACUUUUGGAUGUAUCAAAACAAAUAACUGUACCAUUGGUGUACAUACAGGUAAAGGUCAUUCAAAUAUUAGAGCUACUUUAUAUCCAGGAACAUAUACACUUUAUAUCAUUGAUCAAACCUAUGAAAAAGAUUAUAGAAUUGCACCAGAUUGCACCCAAUUUUCAUUAUAUGUUAACGUUGAUGCAGCACAAAAGGUUGAAGACUUUUUAAAUUGUCAAGAAUACGAAUUACCAAAGAGUUUCAACGAGCCAGGUUAUUUAAAUGAUGGUGGUUAUUUAUAUUUCGAUGAAGAUAUUUUAUUAGAUCUUAGUGUCAACCACGAACAAAUUCCAUUCAACAUCACAGAGCAAAGUUUUUUCCGUGCAUAUAUUCCAGAUUAUAGAAUUGAUAUCGAUGUUAGACUAACACAAAUCAAAGACGAUGGUAAAAAAGUUACAAUUGCAUCAUCAUUUAAAUUUGGCGGUGAAGAAGAAAUUACAGCCAAUAUUGGUGGUGGUAGUUAUGUUUUAGAGUUUUAUUAUUUUGGUAAAAGAGCUGAUGUUUUUUGUGACACAUUUGCCCUCGAAGUAGCUAUUCAACCAACCUCCGAUUUCAUCAACUCUUGUACUGGUUCUAGCGAAAUUUCACCACCACUCGAUCAAUUAAAUUCAACUUUAUAUGAAAGUGGUCAAUAUCUCUUAGGUUAUACAGAUAAAGGUGGUGUUGUUCCAACAAUUUAUCAAGUACCAACACCAACCGAUCAAAAAGCCCACGUAAUUAAAUCCACUAUCUUUUCUGUUCCAGAUGAUACUAUCUACUUUUUUGAAUCAAUUGUCGAAAGUAGCUUUGUUACAGCCGACAUCCGUUUGGUUUUAGUCGAUUUAAAGAUGGACCCAGAAGAUCAAUCUGAUAUUCUCUAUGUUGGUACCCAUGAUCGUAAUCGUCAUGCUAUUGCCCUCUACCUCUAUCCAGGUAACUAUUCAUUACAGAUCCAAACUGGUUCAACUAGUAAACAUGCAGUAGACGAUCUUCCAACAUGUUUAGCUUACUCUUUAGCAAUUAGACUUAGAAAGCAAGAUAAAUCUCGUCCAUCAUGUGAUUUAAUCACCAGAGAAUUACCAACUACUCUCAACUCCCCAGCUUAUUUAGGUAGCUCAGAACAUGUCCAAAUUGCAGGUGAAUUCUUUUUCCCACCAUCAAAUUUUGUUUUAUAUGGCAAUGAUGAAAUUACCUUUAAAACCAAAGUAGAUUCAAUUAUUAGAGCUUACACUCAAUAUAACCCAAUUGAUAUCGAUAUGACUAUCUAUGAAGGUGAUACCCCAGUUGCUUGGACCAAUAGAUUUUAUUCAGAGGAAGCUUUAGUCUAUACUCUUAAAGCUGGUACUGAUUACAAGCUUCGUCUUAAAUACAUUCAUGUUGGUACAGUUUCUUCCUGUAUUCCAUACCAAUUUGGUUUAACCAUCUCACCAAAAUCAGAUAAUCCAAAGGACACAUGUUCUUCAACCCAAAAUAGCCUUCCAGCUGCUGGUUGGAUUCCAGAUGCUUCUCAUACACCAGUUUACAUUCAAGACAAUUUCUACUUUAGACAAACUAAUGUCGAAUUUGAUCAAACUAUUCAAUUCCAAGUCCCAGCCCAAAUUGGUAAUUCACUCUUCAGAGCUAUUCUCUCAAGCGAUUUCAUUUGGAACAAUCUUGCUUUCGAGUUAAGAUCAGUUAAUAACGAAAAAUCCAUUUCAAGUGGUGAAUUAACUUAUAACAGACUCGAAAUUCCAACAAUUGAAUUGGUUCCAGGUUCUUAUGCACUUCGUAUCUAUGAACCAUUCUCAAAUAAUAUUGCCCAAUUAGAAUUAAGAAACUGUGUAGAUUUCUCACUUGAGGUUGGUAUUCAAUCACAAUAUGCAAACUCUGUAAACGAUGUAGUAGUUUGUCCAGGUAUUGAGCUCCCAAAUACAUUCAAUUCAAUUGGAUUCAUGUCAAAUUUAACAUCAAAUUCAUUUAGCUUUGCCGAAAAUAUUGUAGCCAAAGUUGAAGACGGUAAAGACAUUGUUAAUUUUACAGUUACAGAGGCCUCAAUGCUUCGUAUUUAUGUACCACCAACUUCAUUAUUAAGAAUGAAUAUCGCUCUCUUGAAUUCCCAAGGUAAAUAUAUCGUCAACGAUCCAAAUAUUUCUGAACAUGCCAUUUAUCAAGCACUCACUCCAGAAACCUAUAUAAUCGUUUUCACAUAUUUCGGUACUUCUGGUUCACUUCCAAGACCAGAGGAUUGUCCAACAUUCUUUACUUCAAUCUCUCUUACUCCAAUGAGUGUUCUUUCAACUGUUCAAUCAAUUACAAACGAUUGUUCUUCUUCCUCUAUAACCGAUAUUCCAGACGAUUUCAGUAGCCAAACUUUCUCUAAAUCAUUCCAACGUUCCUUAAAAUAUAUUCCAUCAGUAAAAACUAUUACACUCACCAAUGAUAAAUGGGCUCAUUUAUAUGUCAACCUUGACUAUUAUAAUUUGGUUUCAUCAUUAUCAAUGUCACUUGAAGGUUUUUAUUAUUCAGGAAAUGGUGCUUCCCUUCAUAAAGUUGUUUACCCACUUUAUCAAAGCGGUGAAGCUUUCUUAAAUGAAAUUCUCCCACCAGGAAAUUGGACACUUAAAGUUUAUGACCCAUUCACUCGUCCAUCCCCACAAACUGCAAUUCAAUGUGCCCCAUUCACUUAUUCUUACGCUCUCAAUAUUUCAAAUACUAAACCAGGUGAAGUUUGUGAAGAGUUAUCCAACCUUCCAACAACAUUCAAGGAUGUUCAAACUUUUUCAGCCAAAAACCUUUUAAUGAAAGAUACUCAAGUUGCUAUUCCAAUUACUGUAUCAUCAAAGACCACCAUGAUUCGUAUUUAUACAAACAGUUAUCCAGGUUCACAAGUAUUACUUAACCUCUACACAGAUAAUACCAGAAAAGAAUCAUUAACUCCAAAAAAUAAUCUUUGGAAAUUAGAUGUACAAAACAAACCAUAUGUUUUGGUUAUUUCCUUUAAAAGAAAUAGUAAUUUGGAUUGCAAUUAUUACGAUCUCGAAAUGGAAUCUGAUCACUUUGACUCUAUUCAAACCCAACUUUUAUGUCCAGCAAAAAUGCCAAAUGAAGCUCUUCAAGUUCCAGCAGAAACUGUUCAUUUCAAAACUGACGAUGACUAUUUCCAAUCCUACGAUAGAUAUUUCUUUAGUAGCUCUCGUGUUCAAAACAACAUAAGAAAUGGCACUUUCCGUUACAGAAUUUCAAUGACUGUUCCAACACAAACUUUUAUUGAUGCCAGAGUCAGCUUUGAUUUCCUUGCAAAUGAUUUUGAUUUAAUUUUUGGUAUUAAGAAUUCAGACAAUUCAGAUAGAGAAAUUAUCCAAGGUUCUAAUGUAAUUUUAGCAAGUAGUAAUUCAGACUUUGAUAUCUCCAACAAGAUUAGCUAUCAAAUCCCAACAGCUGGUACUUAUUUCCUCGAUAUUACACAAAGAAUGAGUUAUGACAACUUUGGUGUCGUAAAUUCAUGCCAUUAUUUUGCUUUCUCAUUAAGCGGUGUUCCAACUGGUUUAGUAGUACCACCAAAGAUUUUAUCAGUUAAUCCACCAAAUUCAAACAAUAUUUCACCAGAUAAAGUUUUACAUAUCACUCUUACAUUCAGCGAAGAGUUUGAUGUCAGUUCAAUUACUACUUCUCUUAUUGACUUCCUUAACAGCCACGAUUCUGUCAAAUUAAAAUACGGUCAAUAUGGCGCUUUACAACCAUAUGAUGCUAAAUUCGACAAGGGUAUUGUUCUCAAAGUUUCAUUCAAAGAUUUACUUCCAGCAACAAGAUACGAAUUAAUCGUUGAUACCACCAACUUUAUUUCAGUUAGCGGUGACAUGUUUGCUGCACUCAACACAACUCACAUCUAUACCACAAUCACCUGUGAAUGUAAUGGACAUGGCAGAUGCGAUAAUCCAAGUGAUACCGAAUGUAAUUGUGAUGCUCCAUGGGCUGGUAGAGAUUGUUCAAAAUGUAUGGUUGGCUAUCACGGUGUUGGUAACGAAUGUGUACCAAAUAGUGAUUGUAAUGAUAAGACAUGUAAUGGCCAUGGUAAAUGCUCUAACCCAACUGGUGUACCACAAUGUGCUUGUAACUUAGGUUACAAUAGUCCAAACACAACUGCUCUUUGUGGUGAUUGUGCUUAUGGUUAUCAAGGUUAUCCAAAUUGUAAACCAAUUCCAGUCGAUGAAGAUGCAUACUGUUAUGCCCCAAUUAUUCCACGUAAUCUUUCUCAUAUUCAAUAUCUUGGUUUCGAUGGUAAACUUCAUCUUCAAGACGAUUUUUAUAUUGAUAUGGCAACAGGUGGUCACGAUACUUUUAUCCCAAUUACAAAAGAAUCAUUACUCCGUAUUUACACCGAACCACACCAUGUUGAUGUUGACUUAUGGCUCUACACUGUUGAUGUUGAUGACAAUAUGAUCAAUGUUAUUGAACGUUCCAUCACAUUUAACCGUGAAGAAAUUUUAUUAAUAGUUUUACAACCAGGUUAUUACCGUCUCUCAUUCAAAUACUUUAACUGGAACAAAGUUUCACUUUCAAAUUGUGAAACUUUCAAUUUAGAACUUGCCAUUGACGAUUUAGAAUCUCUCAAAAAUAAUACUAAUCAAUUAGUUAAAUCUUGUGACAACACACCACUUCUUGGACAAGAGUAUUUCAUUCCAAAAACCAUUAGUCAAAACUUUACCAAGAAUGAUAAUGCUCUUUACAGAUUAGACUCAUAUAUUAGUAAUCAAAUUGUUUAUCUUUGGAAUUCAACAUUUACUGUUUCACCAGGUGAUGGCCAAGUUAUCUUGGCUGAUAUCGAACUCAGUUAUCAAUUCCUUAUUGGUGAUGUCUCUAUGGUUAUCAUUAGUGGUAAUAACACUGCUGUCGCCCCAUCAUGCAAGGGUUCAACCGAUACAUCUAUUAGCGGUUGUAUUUUUGGUGAUAACGAAUUAAAUAGAAAUGUUAUUCAUGCCACUUUAAAUCCAGGUGAUUAUACUAUUUUCCUUUAUGCACCAGAAUUUACCAAUAUUACAAGCAUGAACUGUGUUCUUUUCAAUAUGAAAACUCAAUUCACUUUAAUCAAUGAUGAAGAAGAUUACUUUAAUUGUCUUGGUGAACCAAUUCCACCAUCACUCAAUUCACCAGAGUUCCUCAUUAAUGACUAUCUCCAUAUUCAAGAUCUUUAUUUAAUCACAAAAAGAGAAGCCAACAUCAAAUUUGAUGUCUCUCAACAAUGUUUAGUUAGAGUACACGCCCAACAAAAUAGUGCUAUUAAUAUAGUUUCACUUAAAAACUUGGCUACUGGUGAUGUUUACAUGAAACAAAGUGAUACCAUUUACUUGAAUGUUGCCGCUGGUUCUUAUCAAUUAACUAUAUCUAGUAAUCGUAUUGCUUCAUCAAAGAAUUUCUGCCCAGUUGUCAAUCUCGAAAUUGCCAUUGAACCAUCCGAUACCAAAUUAUUACUUGAUGAUAAUUGCCCAACUAAUAACGCACCAAAUGUUCCAUUAAUUAAUAACAUGCACCCACCUUUCAUUUUCGAAAACGGCACUAAAACCAAACAAAUCUAUACCUUCCCAGCCAAUACUGAUGCUACUCUUGUUGCUAUGUAUACUCUUAUAUUAACACAAGUUAGUCAAAUUUAUACUGCUGUUGCCAGUGAAUUCCUUAGAGGCGAUUUAAGAGUUAACCUUUACAAGAAACUCGACGAUGGAUCUCUUAUGCUUUCUGUUAAAGGUAUUCAUGAUUACAAUUAUAAUUGGAUUCAAGAACAACUCGACCCAGGAAGUUAUGUAAUUAAGAUUAUGCGUCCAGAUCUUAGAGUUGUUAAUAAAAAUUCACCAUCAUGUAUUCCAUUCGAAUUUGAAUACUCUGUACUUCCACUUAAUAAAUUACCAAUGUGCCCAGGCGAACCACUUCCAUUAGAUUUCAAUUCAGUUCGUUUCCUUGGCAGUGAAGGAAGAAUGCAUUACCAAUCCGAUAGAUUUAUUGUUCCAAACGAUGGUAUUUACUCUUUUGUUAAAAUCCCAAUAAUGAUUAGCAAGAAAUCUGUUCUUCGUCUUUAUGUCAAUCCUCAUAUUGUAGAUAUUGAUAUUAAACUUUUAGACUCAACUGAUAAGGUAAUCAUCUCUGGUUCAAAUCUUAUUGGCUCAGAAGAAGCUUUUGUUACAUUACUCGAUAAAGUUUCAAAACCAACUGAUACCGAACCAAAAUAUUUCAUCCAACUUCAAUUCUGGAGAUGGUCAAAGAAUAUUCCACAAUGUAACACCUUUAGUUUAGAAAUUGGAGUUUCUCCACUCGAUGAAGUUAGUAUUGAAGGUAAUUGUCCAGCUGGUAAAACUCCUAAUUUAUGGCCAUCAAUCCCAACAAACUAUGAUUCUGGUAAAUUCAAUUAUUCCAAUUUAUUAACAGACACCAAACUUUACUUCCAACAAACCUCCACUGGACCAGUCAGUCAAUCCUAUACCAUUGUCACCAAAGUUCCAACUAAUAUUCACAUUCAAACUGGUUAUAAUUUCCUUACUGGUGAUUUAGCUGUUAAAUUAGUAUCAUCAGCCAAAAAUAAAAAGACUUAUAAUGGUGUUUCUGCUCCAAAUAGAAAUAUCUUGGAAGUUGUUAACCUCCCAGCUGGUACUUAUACUCUUACACUUUAUGAACCAUUCACUAGUCUUGACCAAAUUUUAGGUUGUUCAUAUUUCAAUUUCGAAUUUUACAUGGAGCCAUAUUCCAACUUAGAUCAAAUUGAUGGUUUCUAUCAUUAUCUCCCAGAAACAUUAAACACCUAUGCCUACCUCAACUAUAAUAAUCACGUCCAUCUUCAAGGUGAAUACAUGAUGUAUGAUGGUAACCCAUUACAUAACCAAGUUCAAUUUACACUUUCCUCUAAAUCACUUAUUAGAAUUCAAGCAUCUAUUCUUCCAGAUAAUGAACUUGAUACCUAUAAUCUAACCAAUGUACCAGUCAUUUAUAUUAGUGAUAAAAAUAACAAAGUUGUUGAUGAUCAUUCAGAAUUUGGUUCCUAUGUUACAAUUCUUAGUGUUGGCGAUUAUACCCUCAAUUUCGGUAACCCAUUCUUUACUGUUAGUAAUGUUCCAGUCGAUGUUGAAAUUGCAAUUUCAACAUUAGACCAAAUUGAAAAAACCAUUGCCACUAUUCCAUAUCCAGCCGAUUGUCCUUUAUCACCACCAAUGACUAUUGUUCCAUCAACCGAAGAUGGUACUUUCUUCUAUCACGAAUUAUUAACUAUUCCAGCCGAAAAAAUGACCGAAUCAAGUAAUAUUCUCCAUACACAAUUUACCCUUGAAGUUCCAAGUAAAAUUUAUAUUCAAAUUGGUUACCAAUUCAUUCUUGGUGACUUAAAUGUCCAUAUAUAUAAUAAUGAUGUCUCUCUUAGUUUUAUUGGUAAAGCCAAUCGUAAUACUAAUGAUAUUAAUGCAGAACUUCUACCAGGUAUUUACAAUCUUGAUAUUACAUCAAUCCAUGGUCUCCCAGCAGAAAUUUCACCACAUUGCACUCCAUAUAAUCUUGCAAUUAUUAUUCGUCACUCAUCAAGUGAUAUCCAUGGUGAUUGUUCUAUUUUCAAUGCCAUUCCAUGGGAUUUAAAUAGCUUAAAUGGUGGUUCAACUCAAUUUGGUGGUCCAAUAGACGCAAAUGGUUAUCUUCGUAUGUAUAGUGAUGAUUUUAUCGCUCCAUCAAACGCUGCAUCUAGAAAUAUUUCACUCACUGUUUCCCAAGAUACCUUUAUCAAUAUCUUUACUAUUGAUAAUCUUGCUGCUGCAAUUGAUUCUGAUGUUUUCACUCAAGACACUGCUAUUGAUCAAGAUUUAAUCUUCUAUACCUCACUUCAUUCAAGUGCCCAACGUUCAAGCACUUAUCUCGCUCAAACAUCUAAAUCAUCAAACUUUGAUAUCUCCCUCAGUUUCACUGGUAUCUCUAAAGGUUCAUGCCCUGCAUUUGGUUUACAAAUUGUCACUAAACCAGCAUCCUAUCUUACUGAUCAACUCUUAUGCCCAGCCAACUUUAUCGCCAAACUUCCAAAUGCUUCACCAAAAUUAGAUACCCAAGGUUCUUUUGUUGAAUACAUUUCAUCAUACAUUACCGGUGAUUACAUUAACAAGCAUAAAGUUAAAACUCAAUUCGAAUACUAUGUAGACUUUGAAAUUACCAAGACUUCACGUGUUGAGGCCUCAUUCAGUUUCGAUUCAAUCGCAACAAACUUUUACAUUAAAUUAGCCACUAGAAAUCCAAACACCAACGCUCGUAGUGUAAUUGGUACUGCCGAUUGGAACGCCGAACUUUCUUAUGGUGAAACUUCAAUGACCUCAAUCAUUUCAACAGGUAAUUUAAGAGCUGGUUUAUAUUCAAUUGUUAUCGUCCAUCCACCAGCCAUUAAUCCACUUAUCCAAAGCUCAAGCAUCUACAAUGAUCUUUGUUUACCAUUCACCUACUCAUUAGUUAUUAUGGAUAACUCCAAGGUUUAUAUUGGUUCAUUCUCACCAUCAAACGGUCAUAACAUUGUUCCAAGUCGUGAUCUUGUUUUAACAUUCUCCACCCAAGCUACUCAUUAUGAUGCCAAUGGUAACCAAAUUCUUUGUAACUCUAGUAGUAUAAUUACCGAUUCAUUAUAUUUAGCUAGUCAAACAUCAAGUGACUCAAUACAUCCAACAUCUGUUAUGUGUCUUCAAGAUGAUGGCACCAAAUGGUCACUAAACUUCUCAAGUGCCACCCUUUCUCCAGAUACAACACAUAUCUUAAGCUUAGCUCCAAAUCAAAUCUUUGAUUCUGACAAAAACCCAUCAAUCCUUCCACCACAACACGUUUACAAUUUCAUUGAUACCUCAUGUUCAAACAAUGGUGGUUUCAAGAAUGACAAAUGUGAAUGUUCAACUGGUUAUGGUGGUGUUGAUUGCUAUUACUGUAAUAAUGGUUACUACAAUAUCAAUAAGGGUUCUGGUCCACCAGUCUGUGUCUCACAAACCUGUAAGAUUGAUACCUGUAAUUGUGAUCCAAAUAUCAGUGGUACAUGUAUUUCUCUUGGUAAAUGUAUGAUUGAUCAAGAAACUGAUACAGCCUACUGUAUUUGCGCCAAACAAUAUAAUGGUACCACCUGUAACACUUGUGCCAAUGGUUAUCAAAACUAUCCACAAUGUACUCCACAUUUUGAAUGUGGUGGUUGUGGUGAAGGUACAUGUGAUUACACUCUCGGUCAAUGUAAAUGCCCAUCCAAUUUCGAAGGUCCAAAUUGUUCAGAAUGUGCCAGCGGUUAUCACGGUAAAGACUGUGCUAAAAAUGGUAGCGGUGCUAUCAUUGCCCUCGAAGUUAUUGCUACAUUAGUUGCUGUUUCGAUUGUAAUUGGUGUUGGUAUUUGGUAUGUAAGAACAAGAUAUAGAAGUGGUGUUGCCCGUUAUAAGAUGUUACCAAAAUUCGAAUUUGACGACGAUGAACACACCACUAAAUUCCCAGGUCUUUAUGAUGACGACGAAGAUGAUUUACAAUUUAAAAAUAACGAUAAGAAAGAUACAAGUAUAAAUAGAGGUGGAGGCAAAACUCAUGUUUUCAGUUUUAGUAGUAUGCCUGUCAGCGCUUUAGAUAGUGACGAUAGCGAAGAUGAACGUCUCCAAGAAUCAAAUAGUUCAAAAAAUCAAAAGAAUAACAAACAUUUAUUUGAUUUGUAAAAAAAAGAUAUUAAAAAAAAAAAUCAAAAAAAAUAGUAAUAUAUAAAUAUAAUCUCUUAUUUAACUAAAUAAUUUAGAAUAGUAAUAAUAAAUAAUAAUAAUAAUAAUGAUAAGUAAAAAAAAAAAAACCUAUUUAAAAAAAAAAAUAAAAUAUAUAAAUUUAAAUAAAAUAUAUAAAUUUAAAAUU